GACCAGGUAGAGCACGAGCUGGAUUGGGGGCUCAGUCAGCAAUGAGCAGGUGGAGCCGGCGGCGGCGUCUGAAGCUAGUGUAAAGAGCAGCAGAGCUCGGCUGGGGGCAAAUCAGCGCAGAGGUUGGCACAAGCUUAGGGUAACGUGAGGAGAGGGCUCAGAGAGGGGACCCUACCAAGAGGCCCUAGGCCAAGCCAGUAUAGUGCCUCCCCCCAUGGGGGAAACCCCUUCCUGGGGGCCGACGGAGCCAUGCUGUCCCGAAAGGGCAUUAUCCCUGAGGAAUACGUGCUGACCCGGCUGGCAGAGGACCCGACAGAGCCCAGGUACCGUACUCGGGAGAGGAGGGCCCGCUUCGUGUCCAAGAAAGGGAACUGCAACGUCGCCCACAAGAACAUUCGAGAGCAGGGCCGCUUCCUGCAGGAUGUGUUCACCACGCUGGUGGACCUCAAAUGGCCCCACACGCUGCUCAUUUUCACCAUGUCCUUCCUGUGCAGCUGGCUGCUCUUCGCCAUGGUCUGGUGGCUCAUCGCCUUCGCCCACGGUGACCUGGCCUCCGGAGAGGGCGCCAAUGUGCCCUGCGUCACAAGCAUCCACUCCUUUUCGUCCGCCUUCCUUUUCUCCAUCGAGGUCCAGGUGACCAUUGGUUUCGGCGGGCGCAUGGUGACAGAGGAAUGUCCCCUGGCCAUCCUCAUCCUCAUCGUGCAGAAUAUCGUCGGGCUCAUGAUCAACGCCAUCAUGCUGGGCUGCAUCUUCAUGAAAACGGCCCAGGCCCACCGGCGAGCGGAGACCCUCAUCUUCAGCAAGCACGCUGUCAUCACCCUGCGCCAUGGCCGCCUGUGCUUCAUGCUGCGCGUCGGGGACCUCCGAAAGAGCAUGAUCAUUAGCGCCACCAUCCACAUGCAGGUGGUGCGCAAGACCACCAGCCCCGAGGGCGAAGUUGUGCCUCUCCACCAGGUGGACAUCCCCAUGGAAAACGGCGUGGGUGGGAACAGCAUCUUCCUGGUGGCCCCGCUCAUCAUCUACCACGUCAUUGACGCCAACAGCCCGCUCUACGACCUGGCUCCUAGCGACCUGCACCACCACCAGGACCUGGAGAUCAUUGUCAUCCUGGAAGGCGUGGUAGAAACCACAGGCAUUACCACGCAGGCCCGCACCUCCUACCUAGCCGACGAGAUUCUAUGGGGGCAGCGCUUUGUCCCCAUCGUGGCGGAGGAGGAUGGCCGCUAUUCUGUGGACUACUCCAAAUUUGGUAACACCGUUAAAGUGCCCACACCACUCUGCACAGCCCGCCAGCUUGACGAGGACCGCAGCCUGCUGGAUGCCCUGACCCUCGCCUCUUCGCGGGGGCCCCUGCGCAAGCGCAGUGUGGCUGUGGCGAAGGCCAAGCCCAAGUUUAGCAUCUCUCCGGAUUCCUUGUCCUGAGUGGCAGUCUCUCAGGCCCCCGCUCACUUCUGUGGGCCCAUGGAAAGUGAAAUAUGGUAUGUAGAGUGUGGGGUGCCAGCCCCUUGGCCAGAUGAGGGUCGGGUGUGGGACAAGACCCUCCCUGGCUCAGCCGUGCCGCUGCUAUGUGCCUGGGGUGUUACAAGAUACUUGUCACUAUGCUAUUUCUGGCCCCAGCAGGAGCCUGUACCGGGUUAUUUUUGUUCCUGCUCCUCCCAGGCUCAGCUUAGGACUGCUUACCCCUGUGUCCCUCCCUGCCCAGCGACGGAGAGACUGCAGAAGGUUCAGGGCUCCUAAAGCUAAGGUCUCAAAGCCAGUCUUGCUCCUCCAUCAUUCAUCUUGCCACGAGCAGACAGGUAACUGGGGCAAAAGCAACCCCCAAGUUGGGAGUCUGUUGCGGUUUCCGUAGCCACUAAGAAACACCUGGCCAGGCCCCAGCCCUGUUCGUGCCAUGCCGAAGAAAGAAUCCUGCCAGCCAGGGAGGAAGUGGGUGUCAGAGCCUGGGAGCUGAGGGGCCCACACAGACAUGGCGGGAUAAGUUUCCCUCGGCUUGCCUGUAUGUGGCAGGCUUGUGUGAGGAAGGGGGACAAGGAGGAGGCUGGAGACCUUGCUGGUCCAGUUCAGACACGCGUCCCUGUCCGCGAGCCUUGACUCCAGCCUUCUGCAGAGACGGUCAGCAGUGCCCUGCCUCGUUUCGGGCCCCCUGAGAGGCCGGGGAGUGGGGGGUUGGGCAAACACUGACACACCUGGCUGAGAGGCUGAGGGGGCCCUGGGCUUGCCAUAGAAGAUGCACUUCAGGCAAAACUCUGCGCCUGGCUCCCCACGGGCAGCUGUGAAUCACUUUGUCUGGGGGACGCUGGUGGGGAGCGAUGCCUUAUCUCCCCUGCUAGAAAAAGGACUCUUGGAGAGUUCAGCCUGGUGAGGAGGGAAAAGGAGGUUCCCCAAGGCUAAGGGGGCCUUAGGUUUAGUGUGAGUCCACUGAGCCUGGACUCACAGUGCAGUGUCCUUGCCCAGAACGUCACUAACGCCUCCUGUGAGCUGAACUCUGGGCUUUUCUUGUUGGGGAGGCAGUGGGGGUGCCACUGGGGGAAACAGGGCACUGCCAGAGUCCAGCACCAAACAUGGUCAGGCGGGCAUGAGGCCAGGAAAGCUACUGAGACUAGCUCUGCUUCCUUCACCUCUGGAGGCCGCCAUCCACCCACCCACUCUCAGUCUGUCUGGCCAACUUGACUGUUCCACAUCCACCAGACAUCGUAGUCAAGGGCCUGGCCUCCCUACCAAGUCUCUGCCGGAACGCCGUGGUACCCAUGGGGAGGGGCGGGGAGGUUGUAAUUGGUUGCUUUAGGGUAUCGAUUGGUUCAAAUCCUGGCUCCGGCCAAACAGCUCUGUGACUCAGUCGUCUCGUCCGUGUUAAUCGUCCCUACCUCAUUAAGUUGAGCAGGUGAAAGCACAUGUAUCCACGCUUCAGAAGUGCCUGGUCUAUAACAAGUACUCAAUAAAUGUUAACUGUCGUGCUCGC